AUGGCUUGCGCCCCGCGAUUGGCCGCCGUCCAGUCGACUUCACAAUUCCUCUCUCGCUUCUUCUUAAUCUCCGUCUUCCUUAUUUUGUCCACGACCAUUCUCGCUGCAGACUCCGAUUCGGAUACUUCCCUUCUGCCUUCCGCCGCCUCCGCUUCUUUCCCCCAGUGCGGUCUCUCAUGCUCGAAUCUUAAGCAAGCCCAGGAUGGCUGCAUCCCUCCGAAGGCCCCGGCAUAUGGUCACGCGACCUAUGUCUCGUGCUUUUGUCAGUCCGGCCUACUUUCCCAGCUCCAUAAUUCUGGCGACCGAACCUGCGACGACUCCUGUUCCAGCCCUCCCGACCGCUCCUUGCUGCAGAAAUGGUAUAACGACUUUUGUUCCUCUGGCGGACAAUCAAAGGCAGAGACAGCGUCCACGCCCGCCCAGAAGGACUCUGCCACCUCGACGACUACGGCCAACGCACAGGCUCAGGAGGCGGAUCCUGCUCCUCCAUCAUGGUGGUCAUCUCACUACCAAUGGGUGAUCAUGGUGAUCGUCCUCAUCAUCGGAUUCAGCCUUAUCGCAGUGCUGAGCGUGUGGCUGAAGCGCCGGCACGAUGCAAAAUAUCCCAGCCUCUAUCACGCCGCAGGCACGGGCAGCACCGACAGUGGACUGCUUUUCAAUCGCCAGUCAAACGCCGCCACCCCUAGUCCCGCUCCUGGUCAACCGGCACCCCUGGCCCCAGGCCAAUUUAUGCCUAUUGGUUACGCUAAUCCGGACUCGGCUGCCAGCAGUUCUCGCACCGAUAUUGCGGCUCCAAAUCGGCCCAGUCGAACGCCGUCGCGUUUGCAGAUAUCCUCGCAGCCCACGGAUGAAGGCAACGUUGAGAUCCGAGAAGUGACCCGGUGA